AUGUGCGCCGUACCCCCCCCUGACAUCAACACCGUCAUGUCUGAUCGCUACGAAUUCAUAGAGACGAGCUUACAGUUUUCAAGCUCUAGUGGCUUCAGUACCCUGUUGCCUCCCAUAGACGAGGAGGCAUGCACUGAUGUGCGGGUCUUAGUAGUAGCGAAGGCCUCCUCUGGCAAGAGGCAAGGUGAGAAGGGCAGCGGUACACAUGCGCGCAGCCUGCAGCGCGUUGUGCCGCCCUCCUUCCUGCACAACGAGGCGGCAGCGGGGGCGUACGUCGGGGGCCAGCUUUCCAUUCAUCGAGGGCUCACCGCGUCGUCGUCGAGGCUGGAAAGCAGCAAUGGCGUGCACGACUCCGCGACGGCCACGGGCGACUCGGAGUACUACUUCCUCUCCACCAUACGCGGUAGCACAUCCCCGCCUGGCAUGAGCACCUACUUUGGCGGUGCAGUAGCUUCUGCCGCACCGGUAGCUCGCGUGGCAGAUACAGCGAUGUCCCUCAUGUCGGAUAUCGAGUCCUUCGAGGACAUUGAGACCCCUCGCAGCAUUGAUGUCAGUGCGCCCGCAGCCGCACAGGUCUCGCGCACCGUCUCACCGUCGCCGCCGACAAUGUCGUUGCACUCGCACAAGAUGGGAUCUCGUGGCGACUUGCUCCCCGCUGAGGUUGUUGUUGUGAACGCCGAGGAGGCGCGAGCUGCUCACGCGCUGCUCACCUCCUCCGCUGCCGCCAUAAUUGCGCGGUAUCGACUUGUGAAGUUCAAGGUGGUGCAGCGCAUCUACCGCAUCUACUACGACAAGUGGCGGUGGGAAAUUUUUCAGAGCACGUCCGCGGUGCCGCCGCUGCAUGUCACCGAGGGCAUACAAGCAUCCGCGCUGUCUCAGCGCUCCGCCUCGGCGGGGACGGAGUUUGCCGACAUCGACUCCUUUCACACCAGCCGCUCCAUGAGUCUUUCCGGGGACAGCCCUGGCGUGCACAUAGCGGUGACCAUCUCGCCGCGGGACGCGCAGCCUCUUCGUUCCACGUCAGCGACAUCUACUCCCUCUCCGCAGUUCGGGGAGGGGGAGAGCGAGAGAGGGAUCUCUGUCACAUGGUCACCGGCGCCGGCGUUUCAACUGGAGACCUUUGCAUCUGCAUCGCCGCCACCGCCAUCGCAACCCUCCAAGCAUCGCACGCCCACGUUUUCCAUCCCUCCGCCUGCUCCGCCGACGGACGGCAUUGCCGUGCGCACGAAGCCCGCGAAGCUCGUGGAUUUUGGGCGCCCCUCCGAGGGGCCGAAGCGCAAGAGGGUACAUCUCGCCUCAACCCCGGCGGUGAAUCUGCCAGCGGUGGUUCCUUCGCCGGAGCGCAUCUUCCGAUGCUGA